AUGUCUUCUCGCAAUGGAUGGCGCGCGGGAGAGUUCGGUGUUAGACCUGUACGGGUAGCGAACUGUUCUGGCUACCAUGGCGACCCAGCUGUUGAUAUGUACAAACAAGCUACUCUAGGUGAUGUCGACUUUAUAACUGGAGACUACCUGGCUGAGGUCAACAUGGCCAAUAAUGCUGAAGCAUACGCGAAAGGGCUACACCCUGGUUAUGAGCCAACCGCCUUGGAGGCCCUCGAGUUGUCAAUCGAUGCUAUUGCCGAGAAGCGUAUCAAAGUUGCCAUUAAUGGCGGUGCUCUGAAUCCCGAAGGUCUUGCUGUCAAAGUGGCAUCGCUGAUUUCUCAAAAGGGCUACGAUCUCAAGGUCGCGUAUGUUUCAGGUGACAACGUGCUCCCCAAGCUCGACAAAUACAUGCCGCAGCAAGAGCACGAUGCAUUGCCACAUCUUGAUUCCUUGAACCCUCAUGUUAGUCUGACACCAGAUACCUUCAUAUUUGCCAACAAUGGAAAAGAACCUCAAGAGAUUGUAUCAGCUAAUGCUUAUCUCGGAGCACACGCCAUUUAUGGAGCAUUCUUGGAGGGCGCCGACAUAAUCAUUUGCGGCCGUGUUUCCGAUGCCAGCCCAGUUAUUGCUUGUGCAUGGUACUGGUGGUCGUGGAAAAGCACCGACUACGAUGAACUCGCCGGUGCAUUGAUAGCAGGUCAUUUGAUCGAAUGCUCAGCGUAUGUCACGGGUGGUAAUUUCGCAGGUUUUGACGCUUUUGACCUGGAGCACUUUGUCGAUCCUGGUUUCCCUAUUGCCGAGAUUGGGCGAGACGGGACCAGUGUUAUCACAAAGCAUGAAGGGACUGGCGGCAUGGUCACCAUUGACACAUGCAAGUCUCAACUCGUAUACGAGUUGCAGGGCAAUGCGUACCUGAAUAGCGAUGUGAAGGCCUACUUGGAUGAUAUCGAGAUGGAACAAGUCGACAAAGACAGGUAUACAAGGGUUCGGGUUUAUGGAAUCCGUGGCGCACCACCACCAGACACAACUAAACUUGCGGUUUUUUACAAAGGUGGCUACGAAAUGCAAGCAUUAUUCAACGCCACAGGACACAACUUCGAACAAAAGUUAGCACUUCUCGAGAAGCAAAUUCGAUUCCACAUCGGAAAGAAGGGACUUGAGGAACUAGACUUUCUCGAGUUUAAAGAAUCGGCGUCCCAGCAGUGA